AUGACCGUCUACUCGGGGCCUCAUGAUGAGAGCGACGAGGAGCGGGGCGCGAGUGGCGAUGAAGACGGCAUUCUCUGGGUGGGCCAUGGUCGGCGGCUCCGCGGCGGGCCAAUUCGCACGUGGACGAUCCCUUCAAAACCGACGUUCCGCUCCGGACGGUCCAGCUCAGCCCCCCCAGCGUUCACGACGACUAAGGUCCCUCUGCCUACUACUUUCGGAGCUACUGUCUGUAGCGAGAUGCUCGCUGCUGCUACUAUUGACCUCGCUUUUGACGACGACGACUGGGUUGGGCCGCCACAGGGACAAAGACUAUACCGCGCUGCCUCCGUGGGCAACAGCUGGGGCGUGACAUCAAUCGGUAGAGGUUUCGAUUGGCACAAGCAGGACGAAGAGGGAGAAUGCGCAGAACCUGAACAGUCCCAGACACAUCCCGAACCCCCUCUACUUGGCACGGAUCCUUCUGCCACACUGAAACCUCGACCGACUCGACUGAACACUCAUGCAGUCUCUAGAGUUAUACACUCAGCAGAUCCAGGAUCAUCCGCAAGCUCGGUGGCGGUCCCUGUUAUCCCAUCGGUUUCGCCUCCACGCGGGAACGUUAUCUCCGCAAUUCUGUCCCGCUCCCCUGCCGUCUCGCGGCCAGCGUCGCCGCGACCCUUGUCCCGGGCAGCUUCACCACGACCCUUGUCGCCAGCAUCCACACGUCCUCCUCUUUCCCACACGCCAACAUCUCCACGUUUGAAUGGCCCACCCCGACCCCGUCGACGCUCGUCACAGCAGCGUGUUUCUCUCAUUGCUGGUCGUGUCUCGAUCGUACCUAUCGAACCUCCAUCCCCGCCACCUGUUGUCGCUCAAACUCUUGUUCGCACUAGUAGUGCGGCCAGCUUUCUUAGCGUUGCUAGCACAGGCCCACCAACGCCGAACUCAGAGGUUGAUGUCUCUAGCGAGCGCAGUAUUUCCGAGUUUGUCAUUGAGAGAGAAAUUGGACGUGGUGCGUAUGGGCUCGUAAAAAGGGCACGAGAAAUGAAUAAUGAUGGAACGCUUGGGCCACCCCUAGUCAUAAAGCAAAUUAUAAAGUCACGUAUUUUGGCGGACUGUUGGAAACGGCACCCAAAAUUUGGCACAAUCCCAAUCGAGAUAUACGUGAUGACCGCUAUCUCGUCGACGCAAUAUGUGCUACCUCAUCGCAGACCCUGGGACCCUUCAAGGACUGCAUCCGAAGCCGAUGAUUUCUGGAUUGAAGGUAAAACAGUCAACGGACAUCCUAACAUUUGUCCCUUGCUCGACUUUUUCGAGGAUAAUCACUACUACUACCUCGUUUUGCCGUCGACCACUCCAGAACCUGUAGACGGCGAACCGCCCCCUCCAUCAGAUUUAUUUGAUCUCGUCGAGAGCUACCCUCAUGGUCUGCCUACAAACUCUAUUCGGACUUAUUUGGGGCAAAUUGCGGAUGCGAUGUGUUUCCUCCAUUCAAAGGGAAUUGUACAUAGGGAUAUCAAAGACGAGAAUGUUGUCCUUGGGCCUGCAGGAAAGUGCGUUUUGAUCGAUUUUGGUAGCUCCGGUCUUGUCAAGAAGAGUGGGUGGGAUACGUUUAGCGGCACAUUGGACUAUGCAGGACCUGAGAUCCUCCGCGGUGAACGAUACUUCGGCAAAGAGCAAGACGUAUGGGCGUUCGGGGUCGUUGCAUAUGUCAUGCUUGUGGGGGAAUGUCCAUUUACAACUGCGGCCGAGGCGCAAGAAGGCCUUGAGUCUCCGUUCUCGAAUGCGGCGAUUGCGCUAGAUGAGCGGUGUGCGGAUGGUAAGGAGUGCGAGGGCGAAGAGCCAGAUGGUGGCGGUACGCUGGGCGAUGCCGCUACACUGGUGCGAGCUUGCCUACAGGUGGAGUUCUCAAAAAUGGGAAAGGAAAAGACUCACGUUAACGUCGUCGUCAUCGGGCACGUCGAUUCCGGUAAAUCUACCACCACCGGACACUUGAUCUACAAAUGCGGUGGUAUCGAUAAGCGUACGAUCGAGAAAUUCGAGAAGGAAGCCGCUGAGCUUGGUAAGGGCUCCUUCAAGUACGCAUGGGUGCUCGACAAGCUCAAGGCUGAGCGUGAGCGUGGUAUCACGAUUGAUAUCGCUCUUUGGAAGUUCGAGACCCCCAAGUAUAUGGUCACUGUCAUCGAUGCCCCCGGUCACCGUGACUUCAUCAAGAACAUGAUUACCGGUACCUCUCAGGCUGAUUGCGCCAUUCUCAUUAUCGCCGCUGGUACUGGUGAAUUUGAGGCUGGUAUUUCCAAGGAUGGCCAGACUCGCGAGCAUGCUCUCCUUGCCUUCACCCUUGGUGUGCGACAACUUAUCGUCGCCAUUAACAAGAUGGAUACCACGAAGUGGAGCGAGGACCGUUUCAAUGAAAUCGUCAAGGAGACGUCCACCUUCAUCAAGAAGGUUGGUUAUAACCCCAAGGCUGUGGCUUUCGUCCCUAUCUCUGGUUGGCACGGUGACAACAUGUUGGAGGAGUCCGCCAACAUGACAUGGUACAAGGGCUGGACCAAGGAGACCAAGGCCGGUGUUGUGAAGGGCAAGACCCUUCUUGACGCUAUCGACGCUAUUGAGCCGCCAGUUCGUCCUUCCGACAAGCCUCUCCGACUUCCUCUGCAGGAUGUCUACAAGAUUGGUGGUAUCGGUACGGUGCCAGUCGGCCGAGUGGAGACAGGUGUUAUCAAGGCGGGUAUGGUUGUUACCUUCGCCCCGACCAACGUCACCACCGAAGUCAAGUCGGUCGAGAUGCAUCACGAGCAGCUCGAGCAGGGUGUCCCUGGUGACAAUGUUGGUUUCAACGUCAAGAACGUCUCUGUUAAGGAUAUUCGUCGUGGUAACGUCGCCUCCGACUCGAAGAACGACCCCGCCAAGGAGGCGGCUUCCUUUACGGCGCAGGUUAUCAUCCUCAACCACCCUGGUCAGAUCGGCGCUGGUUACGCACCCGUUCUUGACUGCCACACCGCUCACAUCGCCUGCAAGUUUGCCGAGUUGAUCGAGAAGAUCGACCGCCGAACGGGUAAAUCGAUCGAGGCGGCCCCCAAGUUCGUCAAGUCCGGCGAUGCCUGCAUUGCGAAACUCGUGCCGAGCAAGCCUAUGUGUGUCGAGUCCUAUAACGAAUACCCACCACUCGGUCGUUUCGCCGUUCGUGACAUGAGGCAGACUGUUGCAGUUGGUAUCAUCAAGGCGGUUGACAAGACUGACAAGUCUGGAGGAAAGGUUACCAAGUCUGCGGAGAAAGCGGGCAAGAAGAAGUAA